GGACAGCGUGUAAUCAAGCACCAAUCAGAAAUUCAAGUCUACCCCCUGUCGAAAAUCAAGUCUACCCCUUGUAAAGUGGGGUAAAAUAAAUCAAUUGUACUCCGUACAACAAUUGAUUUUGGACUGUAGGACUAGGCAUGGUAUGCAGACCAGAGUUCGCUCCUAUUACUGACCGUUCCGAGAUUAAAAGCCACAUAUGGCCUUUGAAAGAGUAUAUACAGCAAACACUACGCAGAUCGACCAUCUCACAGGUCGAUCAUGGCUAAACAUCAAGGCAACUCAGCGCAACAUCCCGUAAAGGGCAGCAGCUCCAAUGUGCCCAAAGGCUCUUUGUCCCGAAGCGCAAAAGUUGGAAUUUCCAUUGCGGCAGUAAUUAUUGGUCUGCUGCUGAUUACAUUUUGUUACUAUACGAUACAAGAACGGCGUCGUGCAAGGAAUGAACGAGAUAUCUUCAGUUGGAAUAAAGUCGCUCGCAAGACACUGAAUGCUGCCGUUUGCUUAUGGAUCUUCCUUCCAAUUAAUCGCUUUUUAAAACAGCGUCGUGCGGUAAAGAACGGGGCAUGAAGUCAGGUUGGCGCUAGAAACGGUGCAUCAUUCUAAAAUCUUGACGGAAUGGGGCAGAGUAUGAAGAGAGUCUCAUUCGUCAGUAAUAUAGCCAGUCUGCCUGUGGUGAUGAAUUGCUAGUAGCAUAAUCACGACUGCCUACCUACUGUGCGCGGUCAUAGUGGUAAUUUGACCAGAUUCGGUCCGCACACGUUACUGGGGUAUCCACGCACGCGUCGUGUCCUUUAGUUCCUUAAAUUACCAUUAAUACUAAAUACUGGC